GGAGCCCUGGCCGGAACCCUGCCUCAGCCCCAUGUGGCGCAGGUCGGUGCCGAGCCCUGAGGAGGGAUUAGAAAAUGGUGCGUGAAGCUGCGCCUUGGCUCCCUGAGCGAAGGGGCCGUUCCGGGGCUCGCCCCGCCGCCUGCCCGAGAGGUGCGAGGGGUUAGGCCGGGGAGGCGCAGGGAUGGAGGGCUCGGGCGAUGCCUCCCGGGCCGGGGCCGACUGGCGCCUGGCCCUGUGGACCCUGUGCUCCGUGCUCCUGCCCGUGCUCAUCACGGCGUGGUGCAGCUUCCAGCGGUCGCGGCGGCAGCUGCUGAUCCGGGACAUCUUCCGCAAGAGCAAACACGACUGGCACUACACGGACCUCUUCGGGCAGCCCUCGUACUGCUCCGUGUGCGCCCAGCACAUCCUCCGCGGCGCCUUCUGCGGCUGCUGCGGGCUGCGCGUCAGCGAGCGCUGCCUGAAGAAGGCGGACCAGCGCUUCCUCUGCAAGGAGAUCAUGAUGAGGGGCACCGCGGAAGCCCCCAGCUCCAUGCCGCACCACUGGAUCAGGGGCAAUGUCCCCCUCUGCAGCUGCUGCGUGGUCUGCAAACAACAGUGCGGCACGCAGCCCAAGCUCUGCGAUUACAGGUGUGUGUGGUGUCAGUACACCGUGCAUGAUGAAUGCAUGGUGGAUUGUUUGAGGACUGAGGAUUGUACAUUUGGAGAAUUCAAAGACUUAAUUAUUCCACCCUACUAUUUGUCUGCAAUCAACCAGAUGCGUAAAGAGAAAAGAACCAGUUAUGAAAAGGUGGUCCCUUACUGCAGGAAACACUGGAUGCCAGUAAUGGUGCUGGCUAAUACUCGCAGUGGAAACAACAUGGGUGAAACUUUACUAGGAGAAUUUAAAAUGCUGCUGAACCCUGUUCAGGUUUUUGAUCUGAGCAAAAUUGCGCCUGCUAAAGCUCUUCAACUCUGCACUUGGCUGCCUUGCAAUGCUGUCAGGGUUCUGGUCUGUGGUGGGGAUGGCACAGUGGGCUGGGUCCUGGAUGCAAUUGAUGAAAUGAAGAUAAAGGGGCAAGAACGAUAUAUUCCACAAGUUGCAAUUUUACCUCUGGGAACAGGGAAUGACCUGUCUAAUACACUGGGCUGGGGUGCAGGUUAUGCUGGAGAAGUCCCUGUAGAGCAGAUCUUACGAAAUGUCAUGGAGGCAGAUGGAAUCAAACUAGACAGAUGGAAGGUUCAAGUAACAAACAAAGGAUACUACAACUUAAGGAAACCAAAGGUAUUCACAAUGAACAACUACUUCUCUAUAGGGCCUGAUGCUCUUAUGGCUUUGAAUUUCCAUGCCCAUCGCGAGAAAACUCCCUCUCUGUUUUCCAGCAGAAUCAUCAAUAAGGCUGUUUAUUUUUUUUAUGGAACCAAAGACUGCUUAGUACAAGAAUGUAAAGAUCUUAACAAAAAGGUUGAGCUAGAGUUGGAUGGUGAGAGGAUUGAGUUGCCCAAUUUGGAAGGCAUCAUUGUGCUGAAUAUUGGAUACUGGGGAGGUGGCUGCAGGCUCUGGGAAGGAAUGGGGGAUGAACCUUAUCCUUUGGCGAGACAUGAUGAUGGACUUCUGGAAGUUGUUGGUGUUCAUGGUUCUUUCCACUGUGCCCAGAUCCAGGUGAAACUGGCAAAUCCUGUUCGCCUCGGGCAGGCACACACAGUGAGGCUGAUCCUGAAGAGCUCCAAGAUGCCGAUGCAGGUGGAUGGGGAGCCCUGGGCGCAGGGGCCCUGCACUGUCACCAUCACUCACAAGACCCACGCUCUGAUGUUGUACCACUCGGGGGAGCAGACAGAUGAUGAUGAUGCCUCCAGCCUGUCAGAGUGACACCAGGGCAGGGAGCAGGUGGCUCAAGACCUGGACAUUUUGUGGAAUUGGAAUUUCACGUGCGGCAGCGAGGAACUUCAGCUCGUUAAAACACCGAUGUCUGAUCUGGACUGAGGUUUAUGAACGAAGGCUCAUACUUGUGAGUGAACUAGAGCUGAGGAAAAAGCCAUGCUUCUGCACUCAUGGAAACUUUCACAGCUGAAUUACCACAACUGGUUUGCUGGAGAUGCCCUCCAGCCUUUCCAGCUGGAAUGUGUUCCUCUAAUGGCUGAAAAGGGACAGAUGCUGCAACCCUUCCUUGCUGUGCAGUCAGGUCUUCUGCACAUACACAGCACAGUGUUUCAGAGAGGUGUUUCAUACCCUUGGAAAGGGGAACAGCUGGGGGUCUGACCUGCUUCCAUCUGCCCCAGAAGAGUUCCAGAGCAGAAAACCAGACCAAGCAGAAUAUGGGUUGAUGUUCUGACAGCAGCCUGCUCCUGGCUGCCAUCUCUGCUUGGGAGCAAGAGCAGUAAUUCUGUGCACCUCCUUGUGCAGUGCAUUUCUAAUAAGCUUCACUGGGAGAGUAGAGGAUCUGGGAGCUUUGGGAAGGUACUCAGCAAGAAAAUUGCUUUUGGACCAAAGGUUUCUGGAAAUGUUAUUUAGGAAGUGACCCUUUUCAGUGGCUUUGUAAGCCAAAGAGUACCCUGAGGUCUUGAGUCCCCAACAUACAAUUCAAAAUAAUUGUACCAUGACUUGCACUGAAUGAUCCUGUGACUUGACUUUGCUUCAGUUCAGUGAGAGACUAAUUCUAGUUUUUGUAAAUAGCAACAUCAUAGUUUUCGGGGAGGCUUUUUGGAGGAAAACUUGGACAAAGGAGCAUCUUUUUUAGCUGUUUAGAGAAAGGGUUUGAAAGAAAUAAUGAUGAUUGGCAAAUGUGGGGUAUUUUUUAAGAACUUGUUGAAGAACGUGGCUCCUAAUUACCUGAGAAUGAUCAGUAGUAAGUCAGUCUGUUAACUUUGAAUUGUAAGUGUGGAGGUUGAGAGCUAAGUUUGCAGAGGUGGCAUUCAUGUGUAUAAUUUGAUAGUGGGAAAAAAGCAUGGAAGCAUUUGUUUUCUGACUGGCUCUUAGGGGGUAAAAGAUACCUUGUUGGUUACCCUCAUUUCCCUUAUGGAUAUAAAGUAGGGAAAAAGAUGAGUGGUUGAUCUGGUAGUGGAGGUUCAGAGCACCUACAACAGUACACAGGGACUGUCAGCUUGGCAUGUCUGAAGCUUCUCAGGUUAAAAGCGUCUCAGGUGAAAACAUCUUCAUGGUUAACAAAAGUAAAAGAUCUUAUUCCUGUUCUUUUUGUUGUAAGAAUUUUAAGGCUGCAGCAGGUGAGAAUUGAGUUGAGGUUUAAAAUACCUCACUGAGUUAAUUCAGUUUAGUUACUGAAGGUGCUCUUCCAAGUAGGAAGAGAAUUUAUCCUGUGUAAGCCGAGAUCAUAAGAAGGUGAGAACUUUGGUCUGAACUUUGAAUGUUGCUGCUUUUGUCAUGAUCCCCCAGUUUUUAAUUUUUUUUUCUUUAUGCUGACUGAAAAUGAGACCAUUGGGUAAAGUAGGCUGUGUUUCUAGGUUUUUUAAAAUGAAACCAUUUUUCAAAAGCCUGUAAAAUUAUGUUUGCAUUAACAGUGAACAAUCUAUUUAUAUUUUAAAAUAAUUUAUUGAAACUUGGCAAAGUCAGUAUUUUUAAAACCUUCAACUGUAAUCCUCUUUGGAAAGCAUUUUUAACUUGAUGGUAUUCCUUGUAGAAAGUGUAUGUACUAGAACUUCAAUACUACUGAUUCUCAGUGAAUUUAUAGCAGUCUGAAAAUGUGAUUAGAGUGUAAUGAACUGUAAAGCAGAAGCCAUUUGUAAAUUCCAUUUCAUUAGCCUUAUACAUCUCACUUUAAUUAUUUUAUUGUAUGUAAAUAUAGAUGAAAAAUUAUAGUAAAAUAUAUGUUAAAAGUGUUUAAAAUACCCUAAGUAUGCUAUGAUAGAUUAAUCCAUUACUUUUUUUUAGUUAUGAGCUUCAAUUUGUAUUAGCUUCAAAAAUCUUUCCAAUUAAGUUAUUAUUAUUUUAAUAACUUGUAACCAUCAGCACUCUAAAAGUAUUUAAGUUCUAUUCUGUAGUUCUUAUGUAACUGUUGUUUACAAACAAAUGAGAAAUCCCUGGAAAAGGAGGGUAUGUGCUCUGAAAAGCAGUAUUUGAAAUGACACUGCUGGCUACUCUAGACUAUUAAUAAUGCAGUUUAGACUUCCCUGAAGUUGAUCAGAAGAUUAUUCAAAUUUAUUUAUAGCCCAAGAACCUUUAACUGUUGAAAAACUUCACUCUUCUUGACUCCUGACAUCUAGAAAAGAAAUAAUUUAUGCCAAGGUUGGAAGUCUCCCUGUGUUCCCACAGGUGAGGGGUGAAUGGGCUUCUCCACCUGUGCCCCAGGGGGCUGUUUGUGCUCCCUCCCACUGCAGCUUGCCAUGAGUCCAGUCCAACAGGUGUGAAAUCCUCUGGGAGAGGCAAAUCCAUCAUUCCUGCUGCAGAAACAAAGUGAAAGUAGCAUCUAACUGGGUGCUUGUUUGGGAAAACCCCUGCUAAAUGGUCUUGGCUUUGGAGGUGAAGAACUUUCGGUCUCACCAAUGACUGUAAGUGAUGGCAGCAAAUGUGGCCGUGGUGGCUGUGGGGAAGCCUCUUGUGAAAUUGUACUUAUGGUUUAGAGAACAUUCUGUAAGGUUGAAGUGUCCAUUGUGACUCUGUAGCUGUCAUACGUGUGGCAAAAAAAGGUCUUGUAAAACAUAGUUAGCCCUGGAGUCUGUGGGAAGCCUGGCUGCUCCCAGCUGUUCUUUGGUUUCAGUGUAUCCUCCUUUCUGCUGUGUUGCAAAUUGGGUUAAAGCCUGUUUGGAAUGACUUCGAGGGAGCUGUUUCCAGUUUCAGCCCCAGUCUGGCGUCAGCAAUGGGCUCCCAGAUUGUCUGGCAGCAGGAAUGGAUUUGGCUAAUUUGUAACAGAGCUGCAGUUGCCCAGUGCUGUGGUGUGCAUUGUGAAACUGCUCCGUGCUUUUUAAAUGCUGUAGGUGCAUAGAGCACCAUUUCAAACAGCUCCUCCAUCCAAGGAGCUCUGGAAAUCCCCACAGUAUAUUCUCUGUCUGGGAGAGGGGACUCUGCAGCUGGAGCUCCUGUCCUGCACUGAAGAGUUUUCCAUUAUCCUGUAAAUCAUAAACAUUGAAAAAAUAGAGAAAACAAUAUUUCAAAAAGCCAAAUGACAAAUUGUUUCUUCUGCCAGUCUGUAUAUUAUAGCUUUGUGUAAAAUGUACAGGGUAAACAAUAACACUGAUUGUCAAGCACUUCGAAGUGAGUUCAUUAAGUUUAUUUUUAAGUUAUAUUGCUGCAUCCAGUAGCAAGUUUGGUCAGAUUCUGAUAACUUUCUUUAAUGUAGGUUCUCAGUCCUGUGACAGGCAAUACAAAAAGCCUAAAUCUGCAUGGAGAGCCUUUCUGUGGGUCCUCUCCUUGCCUGGCUCACAUUGUACUUGAUCACUCAUGUUGAAAGGAUGUGCUGGGUAUUUUUAUGUGCACAGAACCUCCUGUCAAAGGGUUUGUCAGACAAGAAAAUUGGAAUGGCUUCACACAGCUGUUCUUGGCCCAAUGACCCAUCUGGUUGGCUUUUCCAGUCACCAUCACCACCAGGGCUCCAAAGGUUCCCCAACAGCCCUGGCCUGUAUUGAAAGUACAAUCUUUGUUCUCAUUGCUGCUGGGGAGGAACAUCCCUUUUCUCCACAGGUUCUGAGAACUGACCCUUAAAGGGUUUGGUUUCAGUCUGGCCAAUUCCUUCUGGUUCUGUGCUACAUUGCACUGAAGCUUUUACAGUGUGUGUUACUGUAUCUCACUGGUUAAAUAAAAAGCUCUGCACCUUUAGCUGUGAUCAGCACAAUGGCAUCACUGUUAGAGUAGUUAACUGUUUUUACUUGGCUUUUGGUAGAGCAGCACUGUAACCCAAGUAGUCUGUGGGGAAGAGCAGGACACUUAAAAUCUGCAUGUGUUCUAAUUGAAAAUCCUUUUUGGGUCUAUAUUUCAUACUAACUACUAGCAGUUUUCUUCCUUUUGGAAAAUGAAAAAUUAAGUCUUCAGUUGGAAUUAAAUUAGGCUGUCUUCAGAUUCAAAAAUACUAGGAUGUAACUGAUUCUUUUGAAUGUCAACCACUUAAUUAGAAAUGCUGGUUUAUUCUGAGAAAUGAGAGGUGCUUCUUGAACACAGGGGUGAGGCAGCAGAGACCACUUCUUCCUUUGGUAGUUAAGUAAAUGGAGAGAAUUUACACAUUCUUUAUUUCAGCAAUGUUGAGGUCACAGUUCUAAAGCACGACAUGAUCACGAUUUUAUCAUCUAAGAGUGCUGAAUACCCAAUUCAGGCUUUGGGCAUCUCAGGGAGAUACUUCAAGCUGGAAUAAAGCCACAUGCCUUGACUAAGCCUAGCUGUAUUGUGCAGACUGACCUUAGCUGAGGAUCUGGCCCUUAACUUUUCAAAAGUAUGAAUGUGCUCAAAAUUGUACUUUUUAAUACUGCCCUGUGUCCUGUGCUGUGUUCCCCUACUGCUGUAUGUAGUUAAUUCUUUGCAUUGUUUAAUUUGCAACUUGUUUGUAAAUUUCAGCAUAAAAAUUGUUUUCUUUUUAAGAUUAUGUAGGAACUUAUAUUGUAUGUGAAUUUAUUGCAUUCUGUACCUUCAAGGUUUACAUCCCUCAAAAGCCAUUUAUUUUGUCUGCUACAAAAUGCUCUAAUCUUUUGAGUACCUCCAGCCAUCUUCUCUUUCUAGGAUUUUGUAGUUAAACAGAAUGGAUUUUUAUUUUUGUAGCUGUAACUUCAGUAUGUAUAAUAGUUGUUUAUUAAGUAGCGAUCAGAAUACUGUAAAACGUUGCUUUUAAGAGCUGUAACUUUUAAUUAGUAAUUACUACUUACAAGAAAAUGUCAGCAUGUUAACAGUUCAAAAAAAUAUUCUUUAGCUACACAUGCUGUGAUGCUGCCACGUGGGAUUUGUAUUGAAUGUGUUUGUCUAUAUGUUUUAAAGUGGCACUAAACAAGGAAAAUAUGAGCCUAAAGUGCAAGAAAUAGCUCAAAAAAUAGAAGUCAUAACAUUUUAGGCAGUUUUCAAUUGAGAAAGGUGACAUUUGGGAUUCAGUAUUUUUUUAUUUCCCACUGAGCAGUGAGGAGUGAUCAGUGGACUCUUGGCAGAUCGGUUGUUUCCUUAUGAUGUAGUUUGAGAUCUGUGUUUAGUGCCCAAAUGUGAGCAGACACUGUCUGCACCAUUCCUGCCCCUCAGAGAGCAAAACCCCAGAGCAACCCCACAGCUCUCAGCUGUACAGUAUGUGAGGUCUUACUUGCCAUGAAAGAACCAGUUAGCAUGAUCUUGAACCUCCAAAACAAAUGUUUAAAUCAAAAUUGGCAAUUUUUUCCUUGGCAUCAAGCCAUGUUUUCAAACCCCAAACUGGUUUUCCUUUAGUUUUGAAGAGAAGGCAGGCUGAAAUGGAAGGGUAGGGAGGUAAUCCUGUAAAAGUAAUUGUUAUAAAAGCAGAGACAUCUGGUUUUAUUUGCUGCAGAGGCAGAGUGAGUGUGCUUUUGUCUCAUACAAAUUUGUGAUGGUUGGUGCAGUGGUUGCUUGGGCACAAUGUGUGAUUUGGGUCGGGUUCUGCCUGAGAAGCUGCAGCUUCAGUGGAGCUGCAGAACUGCCCCGUUCUGUGGUUACUGCACAUUAACACAGGGGAACUGAAAGCUUCAGUUGGUUGUACCGUGGCCUCUCUCUGUGACUUACACUCCCUAAAAUUCUCCAUAUUCUUCAUAAAAAUUCGUAAAUACAGAUUUUUCACAGCACUGGCUGUUAUUGAAUUUCCUAGUGCAUCUGUUUGUCUUGUUGUUUGUACUGUAUUUCUCUGUAGAUUUAAGGGUGUGGAUUAAAGUAUUUAAACUCA